AUGAUUCUGUGGACCUUCCAGAAGAUCUGCCACUACUGGAUUAUGCCAGCUCUUCAGCUGAAGAUUUUUCCUCCUGUCAAGGAGAAACCACUAGUGGUCAAAUCACACUUCAUUCAGGAUGUUUAUGUGGGUGAGCCCUAGUUACCAGCAGUUCAACCUUUUAAAGGGCAAAGGCCCUAAUCUGCUGAAUUGUUCCAGCACAAAUGAUCCAGAGACUCUGCAGGCUCACACCUCCAUUGUACUUUCACCAGCUCCAAGACAUGUACUUUGUAGAGAAAUCAGUUAGUCUGUCCAAUCUCUUAAAUUUCUGCCUAAACAACCAGGUUUAGUGUGGGCAGUCAAAGCUUUUGUCUGCCAAACAGAAUACAGAGGAUGGAGCUGAUAAUCUACAGAAAAGUUAAACAAUAAAAUAAUGUAAUACAGUUUGAAAUUGGUUGCUGUGCGCCAAAUUAGGUAUAAUUCUAGCGACUGAAUAAUCUAAAUUUUAUUAGACAGGAAGCGAUUUUAUUUUUUUCAUACGAAGAUGUGGUAAAAGACAAUCCUCAAUUUAAGCAUUGUAGCGCAUAGAGGAAGUUAUCUCAGAUCCUUUCCUCCCAGCACUUGUGAAUGGGAAUCCACGCAGUAGAAGAGCAGCCCACAGCUGCUGUUGCAGCUCCUGUCUUUGACCUGUACCUAGCAUGCCUGGUCCCCACUGGAACCCAGGGAAGCCACCAGCACUGCUAGAUAUACACAGAAAUGCAGAAUAACCCUCUCCUCACACAAAUAAAACAAACAGCCCACAAACAAACAUACACACAAUCCAAGAAAAACUCAACACCACUAACAAUCCACAUACAUGCACACAACCCAACAUGCAGCCUCUCACAUGCAAUACCCCAAACAGUCACUCACACUCACUCUAUGUGACAUAUCCACCCACACACCAUUCCACAACCAGCCCUCCUACACAGCCCGCAUUCAUAGGUAUCAUACACGGUACCACAAACUACUAAUGGACAUAUACAAUAUAAUAGCUCAUAUACACACAAAUACAACGAUACAAACCAAUUACAGUAAAAACACCUCAAUUUAAAAAAAAAAAAUAGGGCCGGAACACUACGGGACAUCACAAUCCUAUAUUGGCACAGUGCUGCUAAAAUGUUGCCUACCCCUGCUCUAGGACAAGAGAAACACAACUUAAUAUCAUUUUGAUGUGGAAUUUAAGACACUCUAACUCUGAGCUAGCUCCAGUGUAAGUGGUUUAAAUAAACUAUUUUUUCCAAAUCAACAUGUGUUCAAAAAACUAGACUAGCCAUGGGACUAUGUCUUGGUAAAAAUGCAAAACUUAAAACCGUAAAUUGGAGGGGGCAGAUCUAACCAUGGAACGGAAUGGCCGCAUUCUGAGAGAGCUCCGGCUGCCAUUGAAGGGGAUCCGUAACCAUCGGGCUUAUUAAAUCAAAAUGGGACGCCCCAAACGCUCCCUGGCAUCACAGCAAACCUCCACCAAAUACCCGGCUGGGAAAUCGGGGGCUCUCAACAAGUUCUUCUGUGACAAUGCGGAUCACCAUGUGGCCUUGGUAGACCCCAACAUGGCGCCGGAGUCAUCCUAUGACAGAUCAGCCCCAUCGAGCCAGUGGGUUUGGAUGGCUCCCUCUUCCACAUAGUGUGGCAGCAUGGCCAGGCUCUUCACAAUAAACUUCAAAUGCAACAGUAAGGAUAAUAUAGUACUGCAGUUUAUUGUCACUUUCCACAAUAUAUACAAGGUUGUGCUCUCCCACAAAAAGAAAAUAAAUUCUACUCCAACUUGGAGACUUACUAAACAACAAUAUUACUAACUAUUCAACUGACCAGCUAAUCUGGUUCGCAGUUUUAAACAAAAUGAAAUACAGCACUUUAAACAGGUUUUACACCGUUUCUUUUUCUCAGAGUCUCAGGCUUAACUGCCUCCUCUCUUGCAGCUGUUAAAUUCCCCCAUGUCUUCAGAGGCUAACCUUUUAAAACCCUAGUGCUGGUUAAUUACAUUCACCUGGUUGAUAACAUUCAAGGGGUGACUCCCACCAAUUAACCCCAUCAUGCUGGAAAUAGAGAGCGCUCCAAUCUAUUACUAACAUAAAAAGCCUUUCUGACCCUGCCACAAUAGAUACUGACCUGAGGGAAGUGGUCUGAAACUUACCUUCAAAAGGUGACUUGGCAGCCAUGCUUAAAAAUCUUGAAGUAUCCUUUCAAACGCAAACUGUAAGCCAUAGGUGCAGACAUCCGCCAUGUUGGUGACAGGGUAAGCACCCCUGAUAAUGAAAGCGAUCUCUCGCGUCCAACAACUCCACGCUACACUGGAGUUACAAACCUCACAAUUAUCCACCAUGCAUAGAAUGAUGGACGAUAUUGGUAAUAGGAGAACGUGCAAUAACCUUCGCAUUAAGGGGCUUCCCGAACACGAUCAGGAAGAUGUACCUUCCACACUCACAAAACUCUUCAAUUUAAAUACACCUGCUGACAAUCCUAUCUUGUUUGAAAGGGCUCAUAGAGCACUGCACCCAACAAGCGCUCCUCAGACUAGCCACGAGACGUUAUCUGUCGAAUCCACUUUUACAUCAUUAAAGAAGAAGAAAUAUUGAGGGCCCUCUGACAAACCACACCACCACUGUACAGUACUAAUCCCAUACAAGUCUACCUGAUCUGUCUUAGACCAUGCUGCAGGCACGAAGGGCCUUAAGACCGAACACGGACUUGCUCCGGGCCAGGAAUAUUCGCUAUAGGUGGGGGAUUUCCUUUCGCCCUGAUAACAAUCCACAGGAGCAAAACCCACUCUGGCAAACAUGAGAUGUAGCCACUUUCACCCAAGCCCUGUAGUUACCGGAGGUCCCGAUCCAAGACUGGUACAGCCUUACUCCGGCUCCAACGUCAACCCACCUGCCACAGUGCCAGUGGUGGCAAAGUAUAACUGGGGGGGAAAAAGUGAAGGUGACAUGCCCACUGGGUCGAGAUCACCUAAGCGACACUAAAUGCCUGGCUGGACUGGAACUGUCUGUUCCUAAAUUAUGAUUGAAUCUGCUGCGCUGGGGAUUAACUGGACCUCUACCACACCGACAUGAUCACAUCCCUAUAUGCAAUCCCCUUUAAGAACCGUCCUUUUCACUUUUAUACUUUUUUACCCCCACAGUUUUUUUGACCCAUCCCUCUUUCCUGGAUUGCAUGUACAAUAGAUUUGGAUGAUAACUAAGGGAUGGGUCUGAUUCACCCCAACCUACAGAGGUGGCUAAGUGUAUCCCCUCCCCAGCAGCUUAUCAGCCUGCCUCAGUCCCCACUCUGCCAGGUUCAACACUUAAAUAUAACCCAAAAGUCAGCUAGUUAGAAUGUAUAGGCCACUCCCAUCCUCCAACUCAUGUUAUCCCACAAACUUCCAUGAGGUAUCCCUAAAGUCUAUACCGAACAAUAUGUACACCUUACACUACUAAUUAGCCCAUUUAGAAACAAGAGGCAAGUGAAGUAGGUUUGAAAUAGAUGGUUUGAAAAGUAGAUUCUCUGGACCAAUCUGCAGAAGGUAAAAGGUCAGACAUAAGAGGCAAGAAGGGGGCCUAAAUGGGCACGAAGAGUGUUUGUAAGAGCCAUGUAUUAAACUCAAUGUGCCAUACAGAGAGCAGGUCUGCCCAGGAAAUAUGCAUUUAAAAAAAAACUGGGAAUUAAUUGGUGUUGGUGAGUCUCGUUAUGGCAAAGUGUACUCCAUCUGGUGCAUAACACAAUGUGGAAAUCGAAGAAAUGAACAUGUGAGACUCUGCAGAAAGGCAGUAAACUAAGGAGAAGAGCCAGGUUAGCAGAGAGCUGGUGAUUAGACAAGAUAUCGUUAGAAUGCCAAGACUCCAAAAACUAGAAAACCUGAGUUACAUCCCAGAAAUUGGAGUAUCUGGGAAUAGAAGGUCUGGACAGACGUAUGCAAUGUAAAAAAAAAGUGUUUGCCCACCGGAGAAUUAUCAAUUGGGAUAUGAUCUGCCGAAAAGGUGCCUCAAUAGACCUUAAAGGACCCCUAUAGGCACCCAGAUCACUUCACCUCAAUAAAGUGGUCUGGGUGCCAGGGCCCCCUAGUUUUAACCCUGCACCUGAAAAACUGCUAAGUUUAUACUGCAGGGUUAAUCCAGCCUCUAUGUCCUUAUCUGUAUGUCCUCACAUAGUCCAGCGGCAAAAAAGAUCCCCAUUGGAAAACCUUCAGUAAUGCGGGUUUGAAUGCGCUUGCUCCUCUGGCUGUGCAUUCGGCUCCACUUGGAAGUUGACGUCGAUAAAGGAGGAGAGGUCACCAGUGCCGAGGGAGCCCGGCGCUGGAUUAAGGUAAGCAAAUAAAUGAUUAACCGUUUAUUCGCCAUGGAAUGGGGUCCUGUUCUAUAGUGUUAGGAAACAGAGUUCCUAAUGCUAUUUUGUUCAUUUUAAUGAAGGGAUAUGAUUUUCCUUGGUUGAACAAUGUAGAUAAGAAGUUUAACACUUGUGCGAGAGAUGCUAAAAAGACCAGGGUCAGAGGGGGUGUGGGAAUAUCCCUACCCACACACCAGCUGACUUAACUCUGCCAGGUAGAGGCAUGUGCGUGUCAAGUUCCUAGGGCCCAUAAGUCCCAUAAAAAUGUUUAAGGUGUGCUUGAAGGUCCGGUGACAUGCCAAGAUACCCUGAAAAUGGUCCAGCCCAUGAGGUGGGGGUGGCCUUGUAGGUUGAGUGGAUGGAAGUCACCUGCCAAGUUACUGAGUACAGCUAUGGUCUGAUGCAAUAGUAGAGGGUAGUCUACCAACAGUUCCAGAAGAGUGGGGAACCAUGUCUGGGCUCUCCAUGACGGAAUAACCAGGACUAUCAUGACUCUUUGAACCCUGAUUUCGUGAAGAGUUCAUUGGAUCAUGGCAAAGGGAGGGAAAGCAUAUUCUACUGUUGAUGGCCACUGCUGAAGGAGCACAUUGGUUGCCUGGGAGAGAGGGUCCGGCAACCAGCUGAAGAAGGCAUCUGUUUGACGAUUCAGCCGAGAUGCAAAUAGAUUCAGUGUGAGGGGCCCUCAUAGAAGAUGAAUGUUGUAAAACCAUUAAGGAUCUAGCUGCCAAUUGCUUGCAUCCCUCCAGUGACUGGAAAACCCAUCUGACACCAGAUUGUAUGGGCCUGGUGGGUAUGCUGCUCUAAGAGAAAGAUUUCUGUCUAGUCUGAACUGAUUGAGGUCUUUCAUGAGAUCGGAGAACAGUUUGAAUUACGAUUUCCCCCUAGAUGAUUCACAUAGCGGACUGCAGAGAUGUAAUAAAUCUACAGCACUAGGGAACAAUUGAAGAUUAUUUGGCUUUAGUGUACUAAUAAUCUUAAUAUUAAUAAUGACCGGAGGCGAGUAUGUUGCAUAAUCUUUCUUUACUAACUCCAUAGCCGUAAAGAAAAAGUAAUGAGAAAACUGAGAACCAAUCACAAACAAGCAUAGUUUAUAAGAGGCAUGUCUCGCUGAAAAGCUUUCUCUUUUUUUUUUUCUUCUUAAAACUGCGAUAUCACAAGUCCAUUACUCAACAAAACGAUAGAAAAACAUGAUGGGAUAAACUUCUAACCCGAACAUGAUCUGGAAUAGUGUGCCUGGGGCAUUCAGCCCUUAACUUGGCUCGGAUUUCCUUUUCCAAGGUUUUGUGAAGCCACAUUUUACAAAAGUUUGUAGUAUGUUCUGGAGGUGCUGCUCAGCAGAGCAAGGGUGCCAAAUAACUCGAGGGUCAUAAAGUAGUUCUCCAGAAGCAUCCAGUAGGAUGUCAGUUGAUCUUUUUUUUUUUUUUAAUUUUAUUUGUUUGCCAUAGUCUCAUUACAGUUUGAUCCCGGUCCACCCCUGGGUGGCAGCCCAGCUCCAGUUGACACACGAGUGGAAGCCAUUCACAUGGACAAACACCUCUGCGAUCCAUGCAAAAUGGCGGAGACCACGUGUUCCCCUAGCAUCUGCAACCUACACUUGGACUUUGAGUCCAGGCUUAGGAAACACUUCGACAAAUUCUGGCGGCAGUUUGAGGGCAGACUACUUUGCCAGACACCACCGUAUCUGCAGGGUCCUCCACAGUCUCCAGGCAUCAAAGCUCCACCAAGUAUCCACAAUCGUACCGGCAGUGAGGGCCCCAAAAUGGCGGAGACGCAAGUGGCGGAACUCACCUGCACUGAAAGCAGCACAGAGGUCGCAGACAAUGCAGACCAAGCCUGAACCUAGCAACAAGCCGGCGAUGUCGUGGAGAGCCUGAUCAGAUCUACCGACUCUCACCUGGUUACCAGAGCCUGAAGUGUUCCUGUAUAUUCAUGCA